GUCGCGGUGACGCGUUCACGUCUACUUCAAAACAGACGUAGCGUUCAAGGAACUAGUGAAAAAAACACGAUUAAAAUCAACAAAAUAAUGAUUUAGUGUUACACAAAUAUAGUGGAGCUACUAAAUAAUAAUUAAAAUGACAAACAAUCAAAAAUGUGAUUGAAUGCCACAAGGGACACUUGAAAAGAACACGAACAUUUAGAAGAAACGUUUUGUGAAGACUAAAUAUGAACAGAAUACAAUGAAACAGCCGAGCUGAAACAAGCGCUAUGAACUCAACUAGCGCUGCCUUGCCACAAUGGCCGACGAAGAGAAAAUCCCUCCGACCUUUCUUGAGAAACUCCUAUUCUACACAACAGCCUCCUUCGUUCUUCUUGCCACGUUCAGCCUAUUCGCCUUUCUAUUCUUAGUGCCAUUUGUGAUUGAACCAGCUUUCACUACGAUAUUCAUGCAAUUCGAUCCUAUAGGAGCUUUGUGUGUUACCACCCAAGUUAAACAUUUGGUCGGAGCGAGCAAUUGCACGUGGGCGUCCUGCAGGGAGGGCUGCACUAAAGAUCUAUUUGAAUGCACACAAAUUAGGGUCAGCUAUAAACUGGGUAAUUCAUCUAAUGUUACUGAAGAGGAAGUUGAAAAUCUUAUCAGAGUAGAGAGGGCUCUCAGGAAUGAUUACGACUAUGAGAACGAGGUAGCUGCUGAUAAGUCUUAUCCAGAUAUGGGCGAGAGGGAUGACUUGCCUGAACCGUAUCCAACCGGGCUACAAGGGAACGACUCGGAAUGGUAUUUUACCGGGGCCCGUUUGUUUCCUAACGUGAAAGGUUGCGGUUAUCCUCCUAUAUUGAACUGCACAAUAUUCUACGGAAAAUAUAGGCCUAUUGGCACCAACUUCACUUGCUACUAUAGCCGGGUGGAUCCGGGCUUGGUUAUCACCGAACUGGACAUGUGGCAGAACACUCUGAACUUGGUGUACGCGAUGGCCAUACCAAUACCGUCAUUCUUUAUCUCCGUCAUAUAUUUGACGUUCGCUUACUUCAAAAUUUAUAAUACUGAAGAUGAAUCCGAGCAGGCGCCUCUGAAGAGUGACGCUGAGGCUAUGGCCACCGGUGACGAUGAGAAACCAACGACCCCAGGGUCUGAUACGUUUAGAGAAGAUCUCGCAUGUUUCGGUCACCAAUUAAAGAUGCAACUAGCCAACGAUAAGCCUAAAGACGGCUUCGAGUCCAAUAGUCCACCCAUUUCCAAUUCUGCCUCACUGUCUGGGACCAAGUCGUCAUUCGUGAACGCCUAAUGUGUGACUAUUGAACAGUUUACAAGUAGAGAUGACAGGACUCUUGAACGGGCGGAUACGGCUACAGGAUUCAUCACGAGAAUUGGUGAACUGAUUAAACAUUCGUGAAGAUUAUUGUGGCUUACAUCGUGAUCCUGAUUGUGGGCUGUCGUUCCAAUCUCUCUGCCUCUUUAAGAGCGAGAGAACAUUUCACGAACGCGUUAGGCGAUCCGGCCUGUGAUUAUAUAAAGGGCGAAAGAAUUUUAUAUACCUGUGCGUUGUGAGAAAAUCGAUAAUGUUUCGUGGCAAUGUUUCCAGUUGAUACUUAUUCGAUACAAACUUAAUUAUAGUACUUUCACGUUAUUACGAUACGCUCCUUAAUUAACAUUGUCAUUAUUUUGGUUUCGUCUCGUUUAAAAAAAAACGUAAUGGAUACGGUAAUCGAAAACAGUAUUAUCUAACACAGACAUUAAUCUAACACAGUGAUUGGUAUGGUGGCGGUUACUCAGUUAACACUAUUUCAUUAUUUAUUGUAUUAGUUCUUUUAUUAAUUUUAAUUUUAUAUUUUAGUAGUUGACAAUUUUAAUUUUAAUAAUUUUGAUAUUGAUUGAAUGAAUGAAAAUUAUAAUUGGCGUAAUCACUGGUGGUAGGACCCCUUGGGAGUCCGCACGGGUAGGUACCUCCACCCCGCCUAUUUCCGUCGUGAAGCAGUAAUGCGUUUCGGUUCGAAGGGUGGGGUAGCCGUUGUAACUAUACUGAGAUCUUAGAACUUAUAUCUCGAGGUGGGUGGCGCAUUUACGUUGUAGAUGUCUAUGGGCUCCAGUAACCACUUAACACCAGGUGGGCUGUGAGCUCGUCCAUCCAUCUAAGCAAUAAAAAAAAUUAAAAAAAAUCGGUUUCAUUUGAUUUGGUUUCAAUUUUGUUUGUUUUUGUUUUGUAGUCAUUCUGAUAAAUUGUAAUUUUAAUUUUAUUGUAUUUUGAUUUAGAUUAUGUGAAAUUUUAUGGGCUUAAGUUGCCUGAAAUAAACGCAUUUCAUUUCAUUUCAUUAUAUAAAAAUAAACUACAUACAAAAUGAAAAUGAAGAAUACAGAAUUCCAUUGCUCAAUCAAAAAAAAAUAUUGCCACGAAAACAUCGCGUUGACUAGAUGUAAAAGAAAUUUUAUCUUCUAUAGUGAUAAAUAAAAAAAAAAUGUAUAAGAUUUUUAAUACGCUGGCAUGCUAAAAUUAAGUCGAAAUGCACGCAUGCUAAUAAAAAAAUAUAUACAUAUAUAUAUUUAAAAAUCGCAUUGUAUAAAAGAGGAAAAUAUAUAAAUCGUAUCUAUAUGUAUAAAGCCGUUGUUGCAAGCCGUUUUGUUAAAAAUAUAAUAUUAAUAAAAAAUCGUGCAAACAAAUUAAGAUACCUUGAAAAGCAUUUCGUAAUGUCCCGUAAGACGCACGAUACAUUUUAGGUGUAUAAGAAAUAGAUAGUUUAUUUAAGUGAUAGAUAUCAAAUUAGUUAGCAAACUUUAAUUUUAUUUGUUUAAAUAAAUUUGCUAGUGCUCAAAGUUUAAGCGAAAUUAAAAUUAAAAUUUAUUAAAGCUUCGAUUAUAAAUAAGAUAUAUAAUUGUAUUGUUUAUUUGAAGGUGCUGACUUAUUUUCUAAAUUUUAUUAUAAUUGUAGGCAGAAUAUUUAACUAUUAUAUACUUUACUAUAUAACACAUAAUAUACUGUAUUACCGUAUAUUGUAUUCUACUUAUGUAUACACGUUUUGAAGUCGUCGUGGCCUAUAGGAUAAGACGUCCGGUGCAUUCGUAUCGAGCGAUGCACCAGUGUUCGAAUCCCGCAGGCGGGUACCAAUUUUUCUAAUGAAAUACGUACUCAACAAAUGUUCACGAUUGACUUCCACGGUGAAGAAAUAACAUCGUGCAAUAAAAAUCAAACCCGCAAAAUUAUAAUUUGCAUAAUUACUGGUGGUAGGACCUCUUGUGAGUCCGCACGGGUAGGUACCACCGCCCCGCCUAUUUCUGCCGUGAAGCAGUAAUGCGUUUCAGUUCGAAGGGUGGGGCAGCCGUUGUGACUAUACUGAGACCUUAGAACUAUAUCUCAAGGUGUGUGGCGCAUUUACGUUGUAGAUGUCUAUGGGCUCCAGUAACCACUUAACACCAGGUGGGCUGUGAGCUCGUCCACACAUCUAAGCAAUAAAAAAAAAUGCAAAUUCAACGCACAAAAAAAAAGUUUCAAAUGAAAAUUUAGCCACACGUCAAUUUUGUUGUUACAUAAUUAAAUACGAUAAUGUUUAUUUGUAUACAUAAACAGUCAUUUUUAUGUUAUUAUCUAACCGUAUUCCAUGAAGAAUACAUUUGUGACUAUAACUUCUUUUUAUAGUCUUUAGUGUAAAUCUGUUAUAUGGCGCGAUGACAUUUAAAUCGUGACGAAAAGGUUCCAUGCGAGACGGUAUCGAGUGAUGCUAUUAUCUCAGGAUGCAAAUUCCUUAGACAGCUAAAAGCUUUUGUAAGCAGCGUUGCCAGGACUUCCACGUGUAUCAGUGGAGCCUGCAAAGUUCAUAAAUCAGCGUAAUUAUUGCGUAGCUAACACCGAACUGUAACUUAAGUACGUAAAACACUUACCUAUUGCUUCUUGAAGCUAUCAUGUCCUCUGCUUUCCAACAACGAGCGCGAAAUACAAUUGUAGUUCUUAAAUCUAUUUGGCUGUGGUUCAACAGGAUCACGUGUUCCUAACCUAUUGCGAUUAACAUCUGAGCGUAAUUUAAACAUUUUUCGGGUGGGAUUUUUACCACAAAAUUUUCCUGUAUCGUUACUAUUUUGUUUUUUAAACCCCGUCGACGCAAUGAUCUUUUUUGCCACGUACCUACCAUCUGGCUAUGAAAUGAGCUCCCCUCCACGGUGUUUCCCGAGCGCUAUGACAUGUCCUUCUUCAAACGAGGCUUGUGGAGAGUAUUAAGCGGUAGGCAGCGGCUUGGCUCUGCCCCUGGCAUUGCUGAAGUCCAUGGGCGACGGUAACCACUCACCAUCAGGUGGGUCGUAUGCUCGUCUGCCUACAAAGGCAAUAAAAAAAAAUGCUUGAACUUCUUAGGCAAUGUUCUAGAUCUUUCCAGUUUGUUGGGUGCGAUCCAACACGCGUCCUCUUCCUCACACGGCUUAUACACUUCGUUUAACCCUUAAUGAUUUCUUUACUGAUGAAAUCAUUAAGGGUUAUUAAGGAAUUAUAUUUUUCCCUUUCCAUAACAGCUUAUUCUAAUCGUUAACGCGUUGACUGACUGGUCACCCGUGCCCUACGCGGCGCUCUAAAGUAAUUAUCUCGAUUUCUUUCUUCGAUCUUCUUACUUAGGUGCCGGAAUAUCUAAUAGACACUGGGAAAGACGAAUCCGAAGAUACUUAGAAUGAAUUUAUUUCUAAGAGACAUAAAAGACUAAAACAUAGAUUAACAAAGAAAAUAAUGCAAAGUUAGACGAUCCAAACACUCAGUAACAGCAAUCGACAAAAUUACUACAGUGCGCCAAGUAAAGGUUUACUAACAAUAUUCGAAUAAAAAUCGUUUCUCAGGAGAAUGUUCUAGCAUUAUGCUUCUUAUUCGAAGCGACAUAAAGAAUAAUAUAAAUCUCUAUUUGGAAUUUUACGCGCAAGUUGAUAGCACGUACAAUGUGACCAGAUUUAGCAGAACUCUGCGGUUUUAGCAGAAUUAGAUCCUCAAUUUAAGGUUUAGCAAUUUGUGUUGCAGAUCUGAAAAUAAGGUUUUUUUUUGGAGGAAUCUCAUAAAACCUUCGCAGAAUUGUAGCAGGAUUUGACAUCUAACUGUGUUCACAUUUAGUCAGUUGGGUAGUUGCGUUAAAAAUAUUUGAAGAAUUUUACCUUUGUCAAAACAAUGUUAGAUUUUUCUUCUAACACUGGCAACACUCAACCACAUUUUAGGGGAAUCCCCUUUAAAUGCUUUGCUUUGAAGUUGUCGGUAGUGUUCAAUGAACACUGUUCAUUAAUAUGUAAAAAAAGAGAUUAAUGUUUUCAAAUUUCAGUUCAGUGUAUCUAUAAUGGAUUUCCAAAGGUAUUGUCCGCCGCGAAAUGACAUGUUUAACAUUUUAUCUCCGGAACGUUCCGCCAAAAAGAUUUCUUAAUGUCGUAACGUUAAUUGGUCGAAUGAGUCAGCACCUUUAGAUCGAGACAAAUGAGCACGCGUUGCCGAUUAGUUCGUAUCGAUUCGUCCGUCCCAAGCCUACACUAUUAAAAAAUUCAUUGGCACGUAAUCAUCGAGCUCCUAACGGACUUUUGAAUUAACCGAAAAUACUAUAGUCUUUAUUAGUUUAGAUUCAUAAGUUUAUUUAAGUUGGUAGCUAGCUACAUUAUUAUAAUGUUUAGCGCAUUCGCCGCGGUACAUUAUUUGAACAGUAGAAAACUUAUAUUAUAUAAAUCGAAAAGCCUUAUUGUAACGUUAUAUGUAUAAGGUGUGUAAAUAUGUUUUGUUUGAAUUGAAAAAAAAACUUCAAAAAAUUAUGCCUUCUUAUUAUUAAGCUUGAAGGGAGCGCUUAAUGCAUUUAAAAUGAAGCCAGAACGCGGCGUUCGUUAAAAUCAAAACGAAAUGUUCUAGAGUUUUUGUAAUGCGUAUAUAUUUUGCAUAGCAUCUUUUAUUCUGGGACCACGUUCUGCUUAGGUUCCAAUAUAAUUAUAUUAAUGUUUCAUUUACAAAAAAAAAAUGCGCAUUUACAAAAUGAAAAAAAAGGGUGCGUGUACUUAUUUAUGUACGCGCGUAAGAAGUUAUACUUUAUUUUUAUUAAAUUUAUUUCUUUUUUUUUAAUUAUUAAAUAAUUAAUAAUAAAUAUUUAACGUUAAUAAUUUAAUAAUAUUUAGUAUGAAUUAUAUUAAAUAAUAAUUUUGUCAUUUAUAUUACUAAAUAAUACAUACGGAUAGUUAACCUCAAUUGUAUUGGAGCACUUGUAAAAUUUCACUCUCAUAAAUUUUUCAUAACGCGCCUAUAGAAGUAUAACUUCAAAAGCAACACGAAAAAUAUAUUUAAGCAUAAUAUGCAUUUAGACAGAACAGUGUAGCCUGAUGAAUUUAUACGCACUGAAUAUAUAGUCCAAGGAAGAAAAUAUUGGAAUCGAACGUUAAAACAAAAAAUACAUUUUUGAUCAUGAUUUUUUUCGUUAGAAAGAAAACCACCGGAUGUUCCGUCGAUGUCAAUACUGCUAAAAUACAUCUCGGAGUUAAAGGUAAAGGAUUUCUCGCAAAAUCAAAUACAAUAUCAACCAAAUCCAAUCAUCAAACCAAUUAACAACACAACCAAUUAACCUAAAAUAAAAUCGCUCAUCUUUAUUGAAAUUUUAGCGGAUGUAUAAUUAACAUACGGAAUUUCACUAUCUUUGAAUAUUUUAUUUGUAAAACAUACGUUUUGAAAAAACUUGUUUAUAAUUGGGUUUUUGAAAAAAAAAAAAUUGUGAUAAGUGGAAAGAUCAUAUUAAUAUAUGUAUUAGUUUUAUAACAAAACUAAUUUUUUUUAAGUUUUUUGCACUAAAUAUCCAUUUUAUUAAUAACAAAGUUUUAAAAUACAAUGAAAAAAUCAAUAAUUUUGUUUUUUCAAAAUCCCAAUUGUUUAAACCAAAGUUAUAAAACAGAAUGUCUUAUUCUUUUUGUAUUAAUCUGCAAUCGAGCGAGCAACGAACCAUUUUGUAAAUGCCGGACCCUAUCGAGAUAUGAGAUCAAAGUAUUGCAAAAUGGCUGCCUCAACCGAAUAACUGCGGAGAAUAAAAAAGGCUUUCUUAUAAAAAUAAUUCAAAAGACAAUAUACACGCAUCUUGGAAUGUAGGUACAGAUAACCCUCCUAUAACACGGUAGGUAUAUAUGUUCCUACAAAAGCCCGUGUUGUGCGAAAUCGGGUUAUAUGAGACUAGCUGUACCCGUCCGCUUCGCUGGGCAUUUAAAAUUAACAUUCUUAUUUCUCACCCCCCACAAACAUUCUCAUCAUUAACGCCCCCGCAACUGGUGUAGGGAGUCCAAAACGAUUUUUUUAACUGCGUGAUGUGAUGUCUCUAGUAUUGUUUAUAUGAGAAAAGUAAGCAUUAAAACUGUUAAAAUUAAAUACGAUUGAAAAUUAAAGAAAUGUUUAUUUCACGUAACAGUUUUCUAAGUUACGUGUUGAAAUAACAAAACAUUCUUGUGUGUUGAUAAAAUGUUAUAUAAACAUAUUUGUAGGCAAAACAAUUUGCUACAAAUUAUGAUUAUACAAUUUUUUUGUAAGACGCAUAGUUUCCGAGGUAUCGCGAAAAGAGUGCUUUCACCCCUUUUUCCAAGAUGGCGGCCGGGGGACACGGGUGGCGACCCCACAAACCUGAGGUUAAGCUUCUAUUGACACCCCACAAAUGUCCCAAAAAUAAAAUUGCAUCCAAGACGUUUUUGCGAAAAAUCCUUUAUAUGUCCAUUAAUUCUUAAAUCUCCGAUCACUAAGUCAAAUCUAAACGCUUCUUAAGUCUACUUUAAGCUUGUACUAGCAAUCGAAGAACCUUAAGAGCGUCCUCAAUUUUAUUUUAAAAAAUAUUAGGUAUCUAUGAUAAUAAAAAAAAAACAGAAAUUUGCCACUUUGCAAUGAAUACAAAGGAUACUUUGUAUAUUUUUAGCGAGUAAACAAUUUUCGUGAACGUAUAAGCAAUUAAUCAAUAUCAUAAAACGAAAUCCAUGUCAAAUUAUAGUUUAUGUGUAUUAUAUUUUUCAAAACUGAAAGUUUGGUUGUGUAUAGUUCAGUGAUUCUCAACCAUUGUUCCGCGGCACUUUUGCGUGCCGCCAAAUUUUUCGAAUAUAUAAUAAUGUUAAUAUUAUUGGAACGAAGUUCCUUAUCGCGCGUUGUGAAAGGGGGCUAGACGGAAAAAAUUCUUACGAAAAGUUGUCACGACACUUUUUAGAUCCGUCAUUCUGACCAAUCAACGUGUAGGCGCUUUAUAGUAUUGUGUUUUUCUUCUUCAUAAUGCCGUAAUUUAUUAUUAUAACUUUAAAAAAAAAUUACAAUUCCUUCACUAAUUAAUCGAAAGGAACUUCGUUCCAUCCGGGUGUCCCUUGACACCUCUGAAGUUUGUAAAUUAUAUCAUUUUAAAAGAAAAAUAUUUUAAACAUGAAUAUACUAUAAUAUUUAAAUACACAAAAAAAAUAUUGUAUAUUUUAGUUUAUUUCGUAUAUGAAAAUUUUUUUUAUAAACUAUUAAUGCAGUGUGUUGUAGUAAGUAAAUAAUUUUUAUCUUUUUUUUUUGUGUGCCGCCAAAUUUUGAAAUCGUUAAAUAUGUGCCGCACAACAAAAAAAAGGUUGAGAAUCACUGGUGUAGUUAGUUAAGAGUGAAUCUUGAAUCAUUAUUUCGAAUUCCUUAUUAAUUGAUAAUGUUCUAUGUAUUAUUUCAAGCUUAUCGCGUUUAAUUGUAUUUAUAUAAAACUUAAAUAUUUUUUUCGUUUUUAUUGUAACUAACACAAGUAAUAUUUUCUAAAACAACUAUUUUAAUAAUUUACGACACUUUGUACAAAGUUUCUUUGAGAUUAUGAAAAUAGCAUUUCUCGUAAGUAUUAAGUAUUACUGUUAAUUUUAAAUAUUUUCAAAAAAAUUAUUACUUUUAAUGCGUGAAUUAUUUGUCUAAGCUACAAAAGUAUUUAAAAAAAAAACAUUCUAAUACAAAUACCUUGUUGAUUUUUAUAAAUUCACUUACCCAUGUAUAUUACGUUGUAAAUAACAUUUUCAAUUUGUUCUUAACGUGCAAAAAUUAAGUUAUGGAAAAGAAAAUUGUUAAUUAAAAGAUAAAUAAAUAUAUAUAUUAAUUCCAUAAAUAGUAUAUAAUAUAUAGUAAACGUUUGUAAAUGCAAUUAAAAAUCGCUAAAAUGCAAGCGGAAAGGUUCAAAAAAUGUUUGACGCCUUUUCAUUUCAAACUAUUGCCUUAUGAAUGUUUUGUACAUAAUUAAAUUAAAAUGAUACUAAAAAAAAAACGUUAGUAGGAAAUAAAACACUUAUUGGCUUCA